AUGAUGAGUCGACUUCAUCAGCUGCUUACAGCGGCCCUGUUGUUGCUGGCUGCGCACCCCGGUUGCGGCGCCCCGACAUCCGGGUCAGCGCAGAAGCCCUCCAGUGCGGAAAAACCAGCCAACGAUGUCUCCGUGGACCUAACGGAGGAAGCGUCAGCGACAAUUGUUGUGAAUGACAGUCUGCUGCCAUACCCCUCAGAGAAGAUGAACGGACCAUCUUUGGACGAGUGCGACGCUGAUCACGUUGGUACUGGCUUCGUGGCCGUGUCAUUCAAUGGAAACAUGGUGUGGAGAGAACAGAAUUUUCCUGAAUCUCUUCCGAAAUCGACUUCGCUUACGAUUGAGGUGCAGGACGCUACCACAGACGAGAUGGAAGAUCGGCCAAUCCUUUUCGUCUACCACACGAAUACCACGAGUGCGUACGUGCGAGGACAGCCUCUCCCGUAUGCGUUCUGUGCAAAGAUACCCGACAACAGGAACGUCACUCAGUACGGGCUACACGCACACUUAAACCUGGGCCGCAUGCACGUAGAGGGCGGGACCUCGCGGCUGGAAAGUUACGUUGGCUUGACAGAGGUCGAAUCUGGAAUUGACGAGUAUAGCAAUGUGCGUGUUCGCAUGUUUCCUGUUGUGACUAUGGAGCAAACAGUUGAGGACGGAAGCUCUGAAGGUGCGUCAGGUGCUGGCCACAGAAAACCAGCAAAGUCCAAGUACGACGCUUCGUGCAACUUUUCUAGCGUUAAAGAUGAAGGACUCGUGGGUGUUGCUACGGAGGUAUCGGUUACUUUUCCGUCAGAGCUUGACCCAGCAAACCUGCCGAAACCGACAUAUUUGACGGUACGCAUGGAUGACAUCAGCACUGAUGAGGACGAGCCGCAAGCUGUCGCAGUUUUUACCUCGGACCUCACGAAGUGGUACAAGGAAGAAGUCCCUUUGACUGCACUUCUUUGUGCGAAACUGCCAGACCACGGGGAAAGCAUCAUGUAUCGAGUCAUUGCUCUUCUCAACGUUGGAUGGGAUGGGUACACCACAGACGAAGAACGCGAUGCAGCAAGGCGGCAGGAAAAGGCCUCGGAGGAAACGAAGGAAAACGCAGCAGACGACGAGGUCGUCCAGACUCUUCGAAACGGUGACUUUGUAGGAACCACGAUGGUUGUCGUGCUUCCUGACAAAGUUGACUACACAGCAUCCGCAAAGUUGGAGCCUUACAAAUCAACCGAGUAAUGGGUUCAUCAGGUGUAUCAGAUAGCUGUUGUACCAACAUGAAACAGUCCGACUUCAUAUGAAGAGGUUGUGUACGUCUUAAAGGAGUCUGUGGUCGGAUCCAGUGCAGCGUGUGUUGCUACGCAUGGGGUCACCAGAACAGGUCUUCCCCUCUCAGCAACAAUGGUGGGAUACUGUCGCUUUUAAGCAAACUCUCAGGACACAUUUCCAGGACGUGUGGGGCCAUAGUGCCUAUUCGCUUUUUAAGUAUUAGUGGCUAAAUGCGUCGC